AUGCAAGACGUAAAGCUCUUUGGAAAGUAUUCCUACGACGACGUCGACUUCAGCCAGCUUGACCCAGCCCUCGUUGACUACAUCUCAGUCCACGAGAAGCAGCAUGUUAUGGUUCCACACACAGCUGGUCGCUAUGUUCACAAGCGCUUCCAGAAAGUUUCAUGCCCACUUGUUGAGCGUCUUUGCAACCACCUCAUGUCACGUGGCCGCAACACCGGCAAGAAGCUCCUUGCUAUCCGCAUUGUUGAGCACGCUUUUGAUAUCAUUGCUCUCUCUACAGGCCAGAACCCAAUUGUCACAUUUGUCAAGGGUGUUCAGUACUGCGGUGCUCGCGAAGACUCCACACGUAUUGGUGUUGGUGGUACAGUCCGUCGCCAAGCAUGCGAUGUCUCUCCACUCCGCCGCAUUGAUCAGGCUCUCUCCUUGAUCACAGAAGGUGUUCGUAAGGCAGCCUUCCGCUCCUCCCGCAACAUUGCCGAGUGCCUUGCCGACGAGCUCAUUGCCGCCUCAAACAACGACCAGACAUCAUACGCCUGCCGCAAGAAAGACGAACUUGAGCGCAUUGCCAAGUCCAACCGUUAA